AUGGGUUACGAUUACGCGCUGGUGCACAUCAAGUACACCAUCCCUCUAGCAGGGCUUCUCACCUUCUUUUCAUAUCCGCUCUUCACCCGCCUCGAUGUCGUGAAGACGCUGUUCAUCGUCACCAUCGCCUUCGUGGCCACCAUCCCUUGGGACUCAUAUCUCAUCAGAACCGGCAUCUGGACCUACCCGCCUAACGCCAUUCUAGGCCCUACCCUCUUCAGCAUCCCCCUCGAGGAGCUCUUCUUUUUCAUCAUCCAGACCUACAUCACGGCCCAGCUCUACAUUAUUCUCAACAAGCCCGUCCUGCACGCUCAGUACCUCAACUCGCCAGCCACCCUCCCCAAAUGGAUCAAGAGUGGAAAGACCGUCGGCCAGGGCGUUCUUGCCGGCAGCAUCGCGCUUGGUGCAUGGCUCAUCGCCAAGGAGGGUGAAGGAACGUAUCUUGGCUUGAUCCUCGUGUGGGCGUGCUCCUUCGCCCUCUUCAUCUGGACCAUCACCGCCCAGUUCCUACUCGCGCUGCCGCUGGCAUGCACUGUCCUCCCCGUGAUCCUCCCCACGGUCUACCUCUGGGUGGUCGACGAGAUGGCGCUGGGACGUGGCACCUGGGCCAUUGAGAGCGGCACCAAGCUCGAGUUCAAGCUCUUUGGCAGUUUGGAGAUUGAAGAAGCUGUCUUCUUUCUGGUGACCAACAUUCUCGUUGUCACUGGCAUUGGCGCUUUUGACAAGGCCGUUGCCGUCUGCGAUGCCUUUCCCGACAUCUUUGACAAGCCCGCCGAUGCUUUGUCCAUGUCUUUGCUGCGAGCCAGAGUGCUUCCUUCGUCAAAGUACAACAUGCAGCGCAUCCUGGGUAUCCGCCAAGCAGUGAGCAGGUUGGCAAAGAAGAGCCGCAGCUUUCACCUCGCCAGCUCUGUCUUUCCUGGCCGUCUCCGCAUUGACCUGACUCUGCUCUACUCAUACUGCCGCCUCGCUGAUGACCUUGUCGAUGAAGCAGCAACCCCCCAAGAAGCAGCCGUCUGGAUUUCCAAGCUUGACCGCCACCUAGCUCUGCUCUACAAAGAUCCAGACUCUUCGUCGGCCCCUCUUGCCUCCCAGUAUGCGGCAGAGAAUUUUCCCGCGUCAGCCCUCUCCGCCCUGGACCUCCUGCCCGCCAACCUCAUUCCCCGUGAGCCCUUGGCAGAGCUCCUCAAGGGCUUCGAGAUGGAUCUCCAGUUCAGCACGAACAGCUUCCCUAUCGCCACCCCGGAAGACCUCGAGCUCUACGCCGCCCGCGUUGCCAGCACCGUCGGCCAGUCCUGUCUGGAACUCGUCUUCUGCCACUGCAAACACUCCCUGCCGCCGUACAUGCAAGCCUACCUGCGUAACACGGCGCGCCAGAUGGGUCUUGCGCUGCAGUUCGUGAACAUCGCCCGCGACAUCGCCGUCGACGCCAAGAUCGGCCGUGUCUACCUCCCCACCUCCUGGCUCAAGGACGAGGGCCUCUCGCCGGAGGACGUCCUCAGGGACCCGCGCAGCGAGGGCGUCGCCAACGUGCGCCGCAAGAUCCUCGCAAAGGCGUUCGAGCACUACGGCGAGGCCAGGGAGUCGAUGAAGUGGAUUCCCUCGGAGGCGCGCGGCCCCAUGGUUGUCGCCGUAGAGAGCUACAUGGAGAUUGGCCGCGUGCUGGUCCGCAACGGCAAUGCUGCGGCGGCGGACGGAACGGGACGGGCCACUGUGCCCAAGUCGCGACGGCGCACACCUCCUCCUUCCACGAACCACACACAAACCGCCAAAAUGAUAUCAAGGACACCGGCCCGCCGCCUCCUGCGCGACCUCACCAGGUCCCCGCGCACCCUCCGACCCUUCACGACAACCAGACCCUCCCUCCUCAAGCCGAUCCCACCACAACCUCCCCAGCAGCCCCCUCAAAACGCAGCCGCCUCCGCCGCCCUCCAGAACCUCUCUCACCUCUCUCCCUCGCAAAUCACCGCCCUCCUCUCCGCCAACACCACACCGACACCACCCACCCCGCCCCCGCAGUCCCGCCGCUCGAUCCUCCUCCGCCGCGCCCUCUGGGCCCUCUUCUUCUUCCUCGCCGGCUACAAGCUCACCGCCGACCAAAUCGCCUCCAUCCGCUUCGCCACGCCCUUCCUCUACCCGCCCGCCGACUACGAGCCCGAAGACAUCCCGAUCUACCGCCAACAAGCCACCUACGAAGCCCUCGCCUCCGACCCGGGGCUGGACGCCAUGGUCCCCGCCGCCGUCUCCGUCUCCGGCUCGCAGAUCACCGUCCGGCCCACCGACUGGGACCACUGGGAGCCCUACGCCGAUUUCUCGGACGCGCACCGCAAGACGCACCUCUGUGCCGGCGCGCUCAACAACCCAAACGCAUUGGGGUUAGUGCACAUGGUCUUCCGCCACCGGCUGACGGGCGAGCUCAUCCUCGCCGUGGUCUUCGGGCAGGGCACGUCCGGCUGGCCGAGCGUCGUGCACGGCGGGAUGCUGAGCACCAUCAUGGACGAGGCCAUGGGCCGCCUCGCGGCGCUGAACUUCAGCGCCAACACGGCCGUGACGGCGAAGCUGGCCAUGGACUUCAAGGAGCCCGUGACGCCUGGGUUCCUGUACAAGGUGCGCGUGCACGCCGUGCUGCCGGAGCUGCAGAAGGGGCCGGACGGCGAGGACAAGACGGAUCGCAAGAUGUGGAUCUGCGGGCGCAUGGAGGGGCCCGAUGGGGAGAUUGCGCUCGAGGCCAAGGGGUUGUUUGUCGUGCCGAAGGGAGUGGACGUCAAGCCUUUGGGGAAGAGGUUCUGA